UAGAUCCAAAGACCAAUAUAAGGAGCUAUUGGAAAAAGAAGGUUUCUACACAAAAUCCAGCUUUGUUCUUUAUGCUGAAAAUUAGUUUUGAUAAGUGUAGGUAAAGAUAUGGUGACAUUGAAGAAUGUAUAAAUCAAAAACCAGUUGUUUGUAGCCAUCAGAUGACCUGCAAUUUCAAUAUUGGUGUAACUAGAUAAUUAUCAAAGAUCUCAAAGUGAAAAUUCUAGUAUAUAUCAUAUUUUUCAGAAAAAACUUGGAAAGUGAAAAAAAAAAAAGAAUGAACAAAUACAGUUUAACUAGAAAUUAUGCAGUUGUAAUGCUUGCAAUAAACAAAAAUUCUCUUAAAGAAUUACUGAAGCAUUUGCACUUAGAAGAAGCCAUAAAAAUUUUUUCUUUGUAGCAAAGCAUUUGAACUGAGUUAUAUAAAAAUGUCUCAGUCUACUGAAAGUAUAGAUAAACAACACUCUUGUGAUGAAUGUAGCAAAAUAGUUUUAUGGAAGUAUAAGUUAAAAAAAGUAUUCAAUUGUGAUAGAUGUGGAAAAAAAACAAAAAAACUUUCACAUCAAAAAACUCAUCCAGCUGUUAAUAGUAUAGAGAAGCAAUACAGUUGUAAGCUUUGUGAUAAACAAUUUGCACGCAAAGAAACCUUAAAAUUCCAUCAGAACAUCCACUCAGGUGAAAGACCUUAUGGAUGUAAUUUAUGUGGUAAAACAUUUUCAACAUCAUCAAAUUUAAUAAGGCAUAAGAUGAUUCACACUGAGAGGAAACAGUACAGCUGUAAUAUUUGUAGCAAAACAUUUUUAAGGGAAGAUAACUUAAAACAACAUCAGGUGAUACACACUGGGGACAGGCCCUACAGAUGUGAUAUUUGUGACAAAGCAUAUGCAAGAGAGGAUCGCUUAAAACGACAUAAAAUGAUUCAUACUGGGGAAAGAAUCCACUCCAAAGAGAAUUCAUGUCUGUGUGAUGUGUGUGGUAAGAAAUACUCAAACACCAGUUCUUUAAAUAAACAUAAGAUUACCCAUACUGGGCAAAGAUCAUAUCUAUGUGAUGUUUGUGGCAAAAAAUUUACAAGAAAUUCAUUCUUAAAAAGUCAUUAUGUCAUUCAUACUGGAGAUAGACCAUUUAGUUGUGAUGUAUGUAGUAAAACGUUUAGGCGUAAAGAUACUUUAAAAGAACAUCAGAGGAUUCACUCAGGGGUUAGACCAUAUAGUUGUAGUUUUUGUGACAAUAAAUUUAAACAAAAGGGACAUUUAAAAUUACACGAGAAGACUCACACUGGGGAGAGACCAUACAGUUGUAAUUUAUGUGGCCUUGGGUUUACUCUGAAUUCAAAUCUGAAAUCUCAUAUGGUAGUCCACACUGGACAAAAUCCAUAUAAUUGUGAUCUUUGUGGCAAGAAGUUUGCUCAGAAAUCAACUCUGAAAUCACAUCAGGAAAACCAUACCAGGCAGAAUCCAUAUACUUGUGAUGUGUGUGGCAAGAAGUAUGCUCAGAAAUCAACUCUGAAAUUGCACAAGGAGAUCCACACUGGGCAGAAAUACAAUUGUGAUUUGUGCAGAAAGGAGUUAAAAACAAAGAAAAGUUUAAAAAAACAUAGGAAAAUCCAUGCUAGAGAAUAAAUCAGCAGUAUAGAUGUAUAUCCAGUUAAUUAACAAUUAAUUAUGUUUCACUUAAUGUAAUUUUUAGACUAAAUGGAAGUAAUUCUGCAUAAGUAAAGACAAGGUGAAGAGGGAUAUUUGUUAUUUUAAACGAGGAUGAUGGUAUAUGUGUGUAUGUCUGUGGCAGUAAUUGUAAUAAAGACUGAAAAUAUUGUGCAAACAUAUAUAUGUCCACAUGUGAAAUGUGAAUAAUAUGAAGAGGUUUUGGUGUGUGUUAACAUUUCAGUUUGAAUACUGCUUACAACUAACUCCAAAAUCUUAAAAUGUUUCAUUCUUAUUCUUACUGAGUUGUACAAGAUUUUAGCAGUUAAUAUACUUAAGUGUGUGUUAAUAAUAAUAAGAAAAACUUUUUAGUAUUUCCUUGUUAUGAAGUCUGUGCUAUCUGCUUUCUUCAAAUUUUAAACCAAGGUUUGGACCUGAACAGGGCAGAAUAAUUUCUUACAGUAUCUUAAUGAUUAACACAAGUAAAAUACUUUUAUCACAAAAAUAUGAUCUUAUGCUCAAUAACCAGUUUUCAGCAUUUUUAAGAUCUUUUUUGUUCUACAUAGAAAAUAAGCUUGUACAUUGUUAGUAGUGAAGGAUAGGGUACUAAAGCUGACAUAAUGCAAUGUAUUGAACAAUAUAUGUUGAUAGUUAUUUAUUUAUUUAUUAUAUAUUGAAGUUUUGCAAAACAACUUGGUUUAAAACAUAAGAAAAUAUGCCAAUGUUCAUAUGCAUUUUGUUACUUGAAGUAAUCCAGAAGAAAUCUGAUUCUUUGUAAGAAAGAGAAAUGUAUGUACCUAAAGCUACUGCAGCUUUACUCCUUUCAUAGCUUAGAAUAAGUAUACAUUUUAUUUUGGUAUAUUCACAAAAUUUAUCAGAAUUUAUUGUACUUUCAUUAUUUAUUUGUGUCAUUUUAAACAGGGUGUAGUUUACUUAACUACCCUUAAUCUUGUUGAGGUUGUACACAACAGUGGUUAACAAGACGAGCUACAUUUUGUUUUCCAUUAUACUAAAACACUGGUUGUUUAGUCCAUUCCAAGCAACCAAGAUUCUUGUCUGCAACAAAAUUAUUCAAGUAUGUUGCAGUUAACUAAGAAUAAUAUAUCAUCUGCUAUAAGGCUAUACAACUUAUCAUAUUCAUCUGGUCUGUGUAGUUUAAUGUGUAGAUGCACCACUUUUUGAUAUAACCACAUGGUUUUUAUACACUUACAAACUAUAAGAGAACAUUUAAAAAAAAAAUACAGAAUUAAGCCAGUGACAAAGUUAGAUGUCUGGAAAUGUGUAAAAAGGUAUAAGGCUGUAUAGCUUCUCAUACUCAUCUGAUCUGUGUAUUUGAUUUUGUGCAGAAGUGUAGAUGCACCUCUUUUUGUCAUAACCCUAUCAUUAUUAUACAGUUGAAAAAUAUGGUACAGGAAUUUUGUUCAAAAACCAGAAUUAAGCCAAUGACAAAGUUUAGAUGCUGUCUGGAUUUUUGUAAUUUGUUCGAAAGUUGAUGGUAAAUAACUAGGCCAUAGGUGAAUAGAUUUCAAUAUGUCCAACCAUGCAAAUUGAACAAGUCAGGAGAGUUAGUAUUCUUAAGAUAAAAUUAAGAGAAAGAAAUAUUAAGUAACUAGUAACAUAAAUAUAUGCUGCACACUAAAGGUAAGAAUUAUUUUUAAAAG